CCGGGAGCGCGCGCCGCCGCCGCCCCGCCUCCUUUCCGGUCCUCCAACGCGCGCGCACCCGCCCGCGGGGCACGCCCACCGCCCGAGAAGCUGCGCGCUGACAGGCGCCUCUCAGCGUCAAGCCCGCCCCUCCAUCCGCAGCCUUGCGCCGCAGCCAAUGAGCGACGAGAACGUGAGGGGCGUGGUUUCGUCACGGGAGACCCGACCCCUCCACUGUCUUCCCAUCCUUCCGCCGGAGUUGCGAGUGGGCGGUGUAGGUUGCUCACCCCCAGAGCUGCGUUUCGUGGUCAGGGGUUGGGACUGUGGGGGUCUUCAUUUUUAUGUGCCAGUCAUUUUCUAUUAAAAAGCAGCAAAACAAGGUGGUUUAGAGCCAGACCUGAUGUGUCGUGUUUAGAAGUGGUGCGUUGCAAAAACGCCUGCUUCUCUGUUCCCCUUUAUCAAAACCGGUCAAAGUUAGAAUUUAAGCUUUUUUGGAGGAUCUGGGGAAAAGGAAGAAAUGAAGCCUCCCAGGUUCUUAAAAGCAGACACAAGGCCCAGCAUUGAGUGCCUUGACUGUCCACGUCCAACCUUAGUCCAGCUCCUGUUAAUCCUCUACUUUCUGCAGAGUAAAGCUGCUGGGGAGAACAGCUGGUUGAUGUUAUGCUAAAUAUUUUCACUUCAAUAACUGAAAGGAUGACCUCCCGAACCUCAGAAUGAAAGACGACAAUCGUUGUGGAAUUACUGUAUAGUACCACAUAUAAAGAAUCUAGAGUCAGUAAGCAAUCUAUAAAUACGGAAUUAAUUUAUCAUAUGCGCAAUACCCUGAGAGUCUUUAGGUUCUGACUAUUCCUGACCUUGAAGAUACUGUCUACCAACACCUUUGUUGCUUUCACAGCUAAUGACUUUUGUAAUUAUAAAAAUAGGAUUCAGGGGGUCCAGUAAUAUGAAAUUAAUUUUUAAAAAAAUUUUUGCAUUCGUAAACCAAACUAGGUAAAUACCAUCUGUUAUCGAAUAUGAUGGAUGUAAAUCAGAAACUGAUGAUCUGACGCUAAUGUUGGCUUCUCUUGUCGAUAUUGUUGAUCUGCUUCUUUUGCGUCAUUCAUUGCCAAUUAAUUUUCCUACAAGGAUAAGGACAGGAUUAUUUCCAAUUGUUGAGCAUGUGCCUGGAAUAGUUCUAGGCCUCGGAAAUACAGCACUAAUAAGGCAGAGUCCCUGUUCAGCUGGAAUAGAGCCAAGAAACGAAAAGCGGAUUAAUUAUACACAGAGAGGUGCUUAAUUAAGUAUAAAGCCUUAAUUUUUAUCUUCUAGGUAGCCACACUUUUUUCAGUAAAGGAAAUAUCUAUCGAAUGCUUACUAUGCUGCAAGUGAUAACGGAGAUGUGUACUGAUCACUUUCUGUUCUCAUGAAGCAAGUGAAGUUAAAACAAAGUCAGGAAUUUAAAGUAUAAAACAAGUAUAAAUGCCAAUGCAAGUUAUACAAUACUAGGACUUCAAGUGAUAAAGAAACCAUAUCUGUGUUAAGGUGGGAUAAAGCAGCAUAAGCAAAGUAUUUUAACACAAUGCCUAAACAUGAAUACACAUUAUUAUUCUUGUUAUAGAAUAACUGUCUAGGAUAGGUAAUCCAAAAUAUACUGAGCUGCAAGUAUGGGUACAUCUAAGAGAUACCCAGUAAUCUGGUACAGCUAAACAAUGUAUAGUGAAAAGAGUUGCAGCAGUAAACUUGGAAAGGUAAAUUAAGGGAUUAUUGGAGAAACUAGACCACAAAGUUAGGCUUUAUAUUAAGGAAAUUACAUAGUAAGCAGGAGUGUCAUCACUACACAGGCAGCAGUCUGUCAGGUGCAUGAGCAGGGUGAACAACGGUGAUGGCAGUGGGACAGAAAAAAAGAUUUGUUGGGAUGUACUUUUCAGAGUCAAAAUCUUCAUGACUUCUGCAAAAUAUAAAAUGAAAAUAGAUUAUGAAAGUGCAGUUGAAAUUAUUGUUAGCACAGUAACAUUUUGAACAUUAGUAACCAGGAGAGCUAAAAAUACAAAGUCCAGGAAAAGAAGCAGAAUAGCAGUGAGAUAGGGCAUUCUGUUACUCUGCUGUAUUUUUCCAAAUAUUUCUUUGAAUUUCUGGAUAUUUAAUCAUAUCAUUAAUCAUAUCAUUUAAUCAUAUCAUCCACAUAGAGUUUUUUGCCUUUUUCUUUCCUAUUAUUAUAUAGCUGAUUUAUUAAUUUCAGUGACUAACAUUUUCAACAUCACCAUCAUUAUAAUACUCAAUAAUACUGGGGACAACUGUUACCUUUAUCUUGUUCUUGAGCUGAGCAAAAAAGUUCAGUUCAUUCUCCAACAUGUAAGAUGCUAGUUUUGAGAUAGAAAUAUGUGCAUGUGUGUGUGUGUGAUUGCUGAUAUUAAGAAAGUAUCCCUUGAGUCUUAUUUAAUUGGGAGGUUUUGUAUUUCUGUUUUCACAAAAGAGUUAUUUAAUUUAUGCAUGUGAAAAUUUCCAGAAGGAUGAAUCUUUUUUCCUUUUGAUUGUUUUAAAUUAAUUUCUAAUUUUAUUUUAUUUAGGCAAAGAAUGCUGUUUGUGUUAUUUCUGUUCUUUGGAUUACCAAGGUCUUCUUUGUGUACUGAAAAAUCACUUUUUUGACUACUGUAGUUUUCCAGUUAUCCAUUGAAGAUAGAUGGCAGGACCUUCAGUGGCUGACUGAAACUAUGAAACUGUAGAUAGUUUUGGACCCCAUACAUGCUAUGUCUUUUUCUGUACAUACAUGUGAUAAAGUUUAAUUUAUAAAUUAGGCACAAUAAAAGAUUAACAACAGUAAUAAUAAAAUAGAACAAUCA